AUGAUCAUGUAUGGAGUGAUGCUGCUCAACUCCAGCAGUGCUACAGAAGCCCAGAUCAUGCUACAGACCAACACUCCUUACCUGAGCAGUACCCAGAGACCUGUCAGCUCCUCAGCCUUCUACAUGUCCACGGCCAGGGUGCUCAAGGAAGGAGAGAUAAACAAACCUGACCUAAUGACUUACAUUGUCCUCUUUGUCCUCUUAUUCCUGACAGUGACUCUGAUUGUCCUUUUCAUUAACUGUCAGCUGAGAAAUUCCUUCUUUGCAGGUUUACCCUAUGACAGAUCCCUAAGGGAAGCCAGGAGCCCUUGGAAAACACAGUCUGUCUGA